AUGGCGUUCGAAGGUGAUUAUACUUUGCAAGCCAAUUUUGACGACGUUAAAAAGGCAGAGGAACAGAUUGAGAAAAGGAAAACACGUUUGCUCAAUAAAAUACGAGCCUUGAAGGCAAAAUUAGAAUCUUUGGAGAGAGAAAUUCAUGGAAGAAAUUACUGCGCAGAAGUGAUACUAGUUAAAUCCUACCGACGAUUUCUUGAGGAGCAUUGGCCUGAAACAAUUAAUGAAGAUUUAGAGGAGGAAUCGGACCCCGAUAUCGAGCUGCUCGAAAUCAAGGAAAAAAUACCGACUUUAACUGAGCAAUUGGGUCAUGGGAAGACUAAUUGGGCAAAGGAGAAACAAAUUCUAAAGGAGGUUGAACAUCUCCAUAGGAGAAAGGAGCUACUUGAUCGUGAAGUGAAAGAAGCAGAAGCAAAAAUUCCAAAACCAACAAAAUGGGGUUAUUGGUGUUGUGGUUCCAAGUAUGAUUUAAAACGACAGAUUCGUGGAUGUUUGAAGAUAAUUAAAGCACAUGAAGAACGAAAGAAUGUUGCAUACAUGCGGCAUAAAGAUGAAAUUAUGGCAAUAGAGAAGAAGCUUGUAUCUCUUGAAAAGAGAUACAACAUUGUGUGCCAGGAAGAAGAAAAGGCAAAGGACUUUCUUUCAGCACUUGAAGUCCAAGUAAAGUAGGAGGUAUUUUUGUUACAUAGCAUGCACUUUAUAAAUAUACUUGUAUUCUUUGUAAUAAUUUUUAUUAGAUUUUAUUCUCUUUUCUUGUAAUGAUAGAGUUCAUUCUCUAAAUUCUCUUUACUGAAAUAAUACAGAUCUUAUUGAUGAUUC